UCCGAGUUACUACGACGCGCCCAAUUACUUUCAUACGAGAUAACUUCUUCAUGUUACUCAAUUUUUAUAUUCCAGUCGUGACUUUCAUUUAAAUUCAAAACUUACAGAAAUAAAAAUCAAAAAUCAUCCAGUCGAAGAAUAAAAAUUUUGUUUUCCUUCGUCCCGAGUGAAAUAAACUCGAAAUACGUUCAAAGUUGAUACAAAACAACAAUAAUAGAGAAAGUUAUCGAAUUGAAUUAAAAAAAAGUUUUAGAAACUAGAUACGGAUUUUUUUUGUACUGUCAAAUUUUUCUAUUUUUGUGAUAAAUGUGUCGUGAUUUAUAUUUUUGUGAGUAGAGAAACUAAAUUACUAUGUGACAAUAGUCUUUAUCCAAUUGUCCGGUGAUCGUCUUCUCAUACGUGCCGAGUAGUACAGCGACAACGUCAUCUAAUAAUAAAAAGGCGACUUGUUUGACGUGUGAUCGGUGAUUAGUUGAUUGAUUGCUAUUUUAGGACAACUUGAGGAAACUACUUUUUUUUUUGAGAAUUUUUAUUUGGAAACUGGGAAUAGUUUAAAUUGUUACGUUUAGUCACACGAUCUGUAUUUAUAUACAAUAAUAUAAACAAAAUAUAAAAAAAAAAAAAAUAAUUCAGUGAAGAUUAAAAACAUCGAUAGUAACCCAAUCCUUCUUUGUGUAUCAGGAUCAAGAGACGCAUCGUAUCUCGAGCACUUGACACUUAAAAAAAUAACUUUUAGUCUCAAUAAAAAAUAAGUCAGUCGUCACUUUAUUUUUAGAGGAUCGACAUCGUGAUCUGCUGUCAUGUGAAAGAAAUUUUUUUACUUAUUAAUUAACACAAGUGCGUAAUUAAAAUUAAUAUUAAAUGCAUUGUGAUUUUAAAAUGUGAAUAAAUUUUUGAGUGACAGUAAAAAUCCACCAAAAUGAAAAUAAAAUUAUAGUUAAGUUCUACGACGCAGAAAUUUCGAAGGAACUGAAAAAUUUUUUAGUUCAUUUUCAUUAUUGUCGGCACGAGUUUCCGUUUCCUGGCGGCGUGUGCACAUCAAAAUGGAGUCAUCCUGGGUUUUGAAACAACAAAAUGGCCUCGUCCUCGUACUCGUCCUCGUCCUCGUCCUUGUUCUGGUGACUUCUGCGGGAGCUUCUGAAGAAAAUUUGUGCCAAAGGGUGGAAAACUAUACAGUGACGGUUAGAGAACAGUAUCAUCAACCGGUACUGGUCACAACGACUUCAUGGUGUUUAUCUGUCCCACCGAGAUGCACCAGAGAUCAUAUUGAGAUGAGAACUCUAUUUAGAAUAAAGAGCGAAAUAAAACAAAGGAAUGUUAGUGAUUGUUGUGAAGGAUACGUCAAACAAAAAUAUCGAAUAAAUAAUUACUACUCGGAAAAAUGUAUUCGAAUAUCAAACUGCACACCAGGGUUUAUUGGAAAUAAAUGUGAUAUUGCGUGUCCAGAAGGUACGUGGGGUAUCUCAUGCCAACAAACAUGCAAUUGCGGGCUUAAGGGUAUUUGUAAUCCGAUUAAUGGAACUUGUCGCUGUCUACCAGGAUGGAAAGGCUUAAACUGCACAGAUAAAUGUGACCCGAGUAAAUGGGGUCGCGAUUGCUCAAUGUCAUGCUUUUGUAUCGAUGGAUUUUGUCAUCAUGAGACAGGAAAAUGUAACAGUAUUCAAUCCUCGAUAGAUAUUUUUGUUAUAAACAAAACGAAUGAAAAAAUAAUUGAAAUUACGACUGAUAAAUCUACUACCGAAAUUAGGGGCAAUUCCUUUGAUACAAAUUUUUAUAAUAACAAUAAUAAUAAUAAUUUUAUGAGUACGGAGCUGCAAGUAGAGAGCAGUACUGUUCCUACUGAAGCAACAUCAAAAUUGAAAGCACCAGCAAUUAACUCAGUAAUUACUCCGAGCGAGAGGACAUUUACGACUUCAUCAAAUGUAUUAACAACUACAACAGGUACCCCAAUUCUAUCAACAAAGUUCAUCGAUACAUCGACAUCGACAUCUACGUCAUCAAACCGUCCAAUCCUAGCAGUUCUCCAUAUGUCUGGAAAAUCUAUUCCAACCCAAAUGAUUACGAGCUCCAUUGGCACAGGAUUACAAGAUCCGCUGGGAGCUGAUAAAAUUCCAGUUCACGUUCCGAUGUCACUGGAUAUUAUAGCGUUUAUUGUUAUCGGGUCGAUAUUAUCUUUGGGAUUGACAAUAAUGGCAGUACUGGCAAUUCUUCAUGUCCGCGCUAAACUUUACGAGACUAUAAGGCUGUCAAUUUACGACACCGAGAAACCGUCGGCUGGAGAACAUAAUAAUAGCAACACAUUGACAAGAACAAGAACAAUAACAUCAAUACCAAUACCAGGACCAACGCCAACUCUAACGGCAUCGGCCAUGUCCUCGACACUGACACGCGAAAAAGGAUACGACAGGCAUACGAUAAAUCGCAAUAGUCAUAUACUUACGCCCGUACGUGAUUAUGAAACUCCAAGAUGUAUUAUUCCUGAACGACCGGGUACAUUACCAAGACCAACUCCUAUAACACGUGAAUCGACGUAUUCAAAUCAAUAUCCAAAUAUUCAUUUAUUCAGUAAUUUACGAGAAUUAUUAGAAGCGCAUUACGAUCGACCACCGGCUAAUUCAUUGCGUCAAUUAACAGUAGAGUCAAAUAACGAAGCCGAGCAUCUCUAUGAUGAAAUUCCACUUCAGACAACGACGUUUUCAUUAAAAUCUGAUUCAUUUGAAUAAAUUUAUAUCAGAGUAAUAAUAAUAAUUGAUCAUAUUUAUGUAAAAAAAAACAUUUAAUGUAAUAAUUUUUCUACGAAAACAAAAAUAUUAUUAAGAAAUGAAAAUAUUUAUUGAUAAAUAGAUCAAGUAUCAAAUUUAUUAUCAAUGAAUUUAUAAAAUAGACAUAUUUCAUAAUAUAUUUCUAAGUAUUGCGUACAAUUUAAUAAAUAAA